CGAGCCACUCCAUCGCAUCCUCCCGCCGGGCUGCUCCUUUCCCCCGCAUCGCCGCCUCCAUGGGCUGCUUCCUCGCCUGCUUCGGCGACCGCCGCCGCCGGCGGAAGCCGCGGGGCCAGUCUCCGGCCAGGUCCCCGCCGCCGCGUCCAGACCAUGUUGCUCUACCCGGCAAGGCGUCGACGGCGGUGGAUGUGGGGGUGAAGGAGGAGGCGCCACCGCCGCCGCUGUUGCACGAGGCGAAGGCUUUGUUGCCGGCGUCACCGCCGCCCCUGCCGGCGGUGGUUGCGGAGGAGGUGGUCACCGGCGCAAGCCCCGUAAAGGAGCCAAGGGAGCAGGAGGCGUCACCUGCAAAUUCUUCGCUGCUGGAAAAGCAAGUAACACCGCCACUCUCCCCGGUGAUGCGCUCACGUAUGGUGAAAACAGUUGUACCCACUGCUGAUCCAGAACUUAGGGAGGUGGGUGGACAAAAGAGCCGCAGCAGUGGCAAGAAGAAAGUAACUUUCGACAUGAAUGUUAAGGCAUAUGAAAAUACUAUACCGGCUGACCAAGAGGAGGAACCACCAGUGCCUGCUAGUAUGGUAGAAAAUGAAGAUAGAAAACAUGUGCAAAGGGAUGUGCAACUCCCGGAGAAUCACCGUUACCGGAAUUGCUCAGACAGCGACGAAGAAGAAGUUGAGGAUGGUGAGGAUGACAACUAUGGUGAUGAUACUGAUGAAGAAGAGGAGGAUUUUGUGGACUGCAAGAUUGAUUUAGUAGAUGAAGACGAACUGUACACUGAAGAUAGCAAACAGGAGUCUCAUGAGUCUCUUUUCUCACUGCAAAUGUAUAAGGAUCAGCAGAAUGACAAUGAAAUCAGCAGCCCUGCACCGAAGAGCAGUGGUACCUCUGUAGAGGAACAAAGCCCUGUAAUUCAGAGAAACAAUCUUCGCGACAGAAGCCAGUAUGUCCGUCCUGUGCUGAAUCCAGUUCAGAAUAUGUCACAGUGGAAGGAAGUUAAAGCCCAAGCAGCACCAGCUAAAAAAUUGGACAAGGAGAACGUAAAUUCAGUACCAAACAUAAGCGCAACACCUGAAACUUCUAGCAAGAGGGAAGUUUCUGUGGAUGCAAGCCUCUCUACUUGGUUGGUUUCCUCAGAUAACUCAACGGUAGACAAGGCACAAAGUAGAUCUCCCCGUUCCAUUUCUACUGUAAACCGAGAUGAAAGGCCUGUGCUGGGUGCUUUGACAGUUGACGACCUUAAGCAAUCGUCAGCUACAUCAUCUCCACGAAGGUCUCCCAGCCAUAACCGUGAAGAGGCACCAAUCUUUGGUACAGUGGGAAGUUACUGGAGUAGCACCAAGCAAGACAAUGCGCACUGCUCUUCUAAAUCAGAUUCAGGAACCAAUGGUAUCCCCAAUACGACAAGCAAAUACAGAGAGGACAAAAGGGUAAACUGGCACUCAACUCCCUUCAAUGUCAGGCUGGAUAGAGCACUGAAGAAAUCCUCUGCAUGAGCUUGUUUCUAUUCGUUUAAGCAUUUCAAAAUUUUCAUGUGUGCCACGUCCUUGUCUGUUGUCUACCUUGUAAGAAUGUGUGUAAGAUUUGGAGUGUGAAGCCAAUUUCAUUUUUAUGUACAUGAAGAUGCAUAAGUUUUAGAUUUUGGGCCUGCUCGCGUGUUUGCAAAUAAUCGUGAAAAGACCACGCUGGUUAUUGCCCAUCUUUUCAUGUGUUCUGUGUUCAUACAUUUAUGCAUAGUCCAAUGCAAUCCUGGAUCUGA